UGAAGUCAUAUCAUGACGCUAAGGCGCGCUUAAUUUUACUCCCCUUUGUGAGAUUAGUUCGUAUAAAAAGGAGAAAGGUUCAAGUUGAAACAGCCAACUUCUCUCUUUCAUUUAUCAUCUUUGAAACGAAGCAUUCAUCCCAUCUGCUAAAACCUUGCCACUGUGCUACAGUCCUUUCCAUCACACUCAAAAUCCUUUUCACAAAAUCAUUUACUUCCUCUCACCCUCUCUCUCUUUGAAUAAACACCUCGUCAUCCAAAUUAUCCAACAUGGCCAGCAUAGACAAAGUCGCUAAACCCAAAGUCCUUACAACUGGCAAUAUGAAUCCAAGGAUCCGUAAGGCCGAGUACGCUGUCCGUGGCGAGCUUGCCAUCAAAUAUGAAAAGCUAAAAGUCGAGCUUGAGAAAGGGACACCCCUUCCAUUCAAGCGUGUUGUUGGUUGCAAUAUUGGCAAUCCUCAAGCAUUGGAUCAGAAACCUAUCACAUUCUUCCGUCAGGUUGCAUCCCUCGUUGAAUACCCAGAUCUCCUCAACGAUAAAAAUGCAGAAUUGACAUCGAAACUCUAUCCAAGCGAUGCCAUCGAGCGUGCCAAACUUCUUCUCAAACAUAUUGGCUCUGUGGGCGCAUAUUCCCACUCUCAAGGCAUCCCUUGGAUUCGUGAACAUGUUGCAAAAUUUAUUUCUGAGCGUGAUGGAUACCCUGCAGACCCUUCAAAGAUCUUCUUGACGCAAGGAGCCUCUGCCGGCGUUCAAUUAACUCUCCAGAUGAUUGUAGAACACCCGGGUGUUGGUAUUAUGAUUCCAAUUCCUCAAUACCCACUCUACACAGCCACCCUUGCCAUAUUGCAUGCUAAUCCAGUUCCUUAUUACCUGGAUGAGGCUAAGGAUUGGGGCCUUACAACGGAAGAGCUCGAACGUGCGUAUAAUGAGGCUGCCCAGCAAGGCAUUGAAACACGCGCCCUUGUGAUCAUCAACCCCGGUAAUCCUACGGGACAAUGCUUGAAAGAAGAGAAUAUGCGGGAUAUCAUUCAUUUCUGUCACAAGCAUCGCAUCAUACUCUUGGCAGACGAGGUGUAUCAGGCAAAUAUUUACCAUCCUGAAGAUCAUCCUUUUCACUCGUUCAAGAAGGUCCUCAAGUCUAUGGGCCCUGAAUAUGAGGGGCAAGAGUUGAUCUCAUACCAUUCCAUCUCUAAAGGCAUGAUUGGUGAAUGUGGCCGACGCGGUGGAUACUUUGAAUGUGAGGGGCUCGACCCUUUAAUUAUGGAUCAGAUCUACAAGGCUUCGUCCAUUUCGUUGUGUCCGAAUGUUCAGGGUCAGAUCAUGGUAGAAUUGAUGGUCAACCCACCAAAGCAAGGAGACCCUUCGUAUGCUCAGUACAAGAAAGAAUAUGACGACAUUUAUUUCUCGCUGAUCGCACGCGCCAAGAAAUUAGAGAAACUAUUCAGUAGCUUGGAGGGUUGCACGUGUAACCCUGCCGAAGGUGCCAUGUACCUGUUUCCACAGAUUCGUUUAUCCAAGAAAGCCAUUGAGGCAGCAGAAAAGGCAGGAGAGACACCUGAUCAGUUUUAUUGUAUGGCAAUGUUGGAGGCUACAGGAGUGUGCAUGGUUGCUGGAUCUGGAUUCGGACAGGUUAAAGGCACAGCUCAUUUCCGAAGCACAUUCUUGCCUCAACCUGAAUUGUUUGAUGAGUUUUGUGCAGCAAUCCAGAAGUUUCAUGAGGACUUUAUGAACAAGUACAGGGACUAGACUCGAAGUUUGGAGUAUCAUCUCCAUUACUAGUUUAAUCAUAAUCCUUGCACUUGUUUUUUUCUUUCUUUUUUAUGUGCAACAAUUGUAAAUAUAUCACUUGAUAGAAACAAAUAAAAGGACUUCAUUUAUAUC